UGUGUCGAUGUUUCGAGAGAGCAACACAGUUUUUUGUACAAGCAUAGGAAGACAAUGAUGUUUUUGUUUAAGUGUCCUACGUGUAUCAAGAAGAGCACUGAUGAUAGGGCUACUGCCUCUGCUUCAGUCAACGUAUGUACAGAGAAUGCUAACAGCGCACUAUGGGUUUUUUUACGUUUAUUUUGGCAUAAACUCUAAUUUCAAAGCUAUUGAAUUGAAAUUUGGUUUGUAUGCAUUUUUUAUGCUUCCAAGAUGACCUACCAAUUUUCAUAUGAUUUGGGGCACUAUUUCAUAUAGCUGCUAUAUAGCCGAUUUGACCCAACUUUUUUGUUUAUGAAGCUAUUGAAGUGAAAUUUGGUUUGUAUUAAUUUUUUAUACCCCAAAGAUGACUUACGAAUUUUCAUAUGAUUUGGGGAACUAUUUCAUAUAGCUGCUAUAUAACCGAUUUGACCCAACUUUUUUGUUUAUGAAGCUAUUGAAGUGAAAUUUGGUUUGUAUUAAUUUUUUAAGCCCCCCCAAGAUGACUUACAAAUUUUCAUAUGAUUUGGGGCACUAUUUCUUAUGUAGCUGCAAUAUAGCCGAUUUGGCCGAUUUGACCCAACUUUUUUGUUUAUGAAGCUAUUGAAGUGAAAUUUGGUUUGUAUUCAUUUUUUAUGCCCCCAAGAUGACAUACGAAUUUUCAUAUGAUUUGGGGAACUAUUUCAUAUAGCUGCUAUAUAACCGAUUUGACCCAACUUUUUUGUUUAUGAAGCUAUUGAAGUGAAAUUUGGUUUGUAUUAAUUUUUUAAGCCCCCCCAAGAUGACUUACAAAUUUUCAUAUGAUUUGGGGCACUAUUUCUUAUGUAGCUGCUAUAUAGCCGAUCUGGCCGAUUUGACCCAACUUUUUUUUAUGAAGCUAUUGAAUUUAAAUUUGAUUUGUAUUCAUUUUUAUGCCCCCAAGAUGACCUACGAAUUUUCAUAUGAUUUGGGGCACUAUUUCAUGUAGCUGCUAUAUAGCCGAUCUGGCCGAUCGGCUAUGAUGAUUUGGAGAAACAUACUGCUCAUUCAUUACAAUAAUUAUACUUUUGCUAAGCCAUUUUGAAUGUUUAGUUUUAAAUCGCUCUAGUUUACGGAUGCACUUUGGCAAAUGCUUUUUUAUAUAAUUAACAAAAUCUUUCACUUGUUUUGAUAUCAAACGCAUUUGGUCUUCAUUUAAACUGAUAUUAUUGAUAUUCUGUAACACAUAUUUCACAAGUGCAUCUUCUGAGCGAUUGUCGCUUCUCCAAAUUUCAAUAAGCGCUGCAUGGACAAACACAUGUUUAUCUGCAAAACACGUGUUGGCACAAAAUAGAACAAAAAAGGCUAGUUACUCAUUAAUUAACACACUUUUGUUAAUAACUUGGCAUUUAUACCUUUUUGCAAUGCUUUGCCAUUCACAAGUUACACUCCACGGAACACAACUACAAUUUAUAGAUUUUAUAUAAAGCUAUACAUAAACGAAACAAUUCACAGUAUUACAACAACAGACAAUUAUGACAAAAAGGGCACCUCGUCUUAAUUUUACAUACCUGCACUAACGUUUUCCAUAAUUACACUGUUUACACUAGAAUAUAUUCAUUUAAAUGUCUACUCCGUUUUCAAAUUUGUAACGGACUUUCGUGUACGACUGUGUGAUAUUCAUCAUACAGUCGUACUGUCAAAUUAUAACGAGUGACAUUUUUGAAAAACGCCACUUGCGACAUCUUCGCUUGCUCGUUGUUGUUUGACACUUACUUGUUUUUUGGAUUACGUCCUAUCAACAACAACGAGCUUUCUCAGCAACAUAAAAAAGGUUUGACUACGUCAACUGGCAGAACAAAACAACAACAUUUCCUCAUCACAAACAUCAACAAAAAUAACAAGCAGCAUGGAAAAUCAAAACAAGAUGGUCGCUACUCUUCCUGACUAUGAGGAAGAUGUCCCCAUGUCGGAUGAGGAAAGAGAUGUCGAUGAUAUGGUUUUGGUUCCCCUUACGGAUAUUGAACUUGCUCCCAAUUGUUGCACUGGUACCAAUGUUGAUGCUGCCGCUACUCACAAUGAGCCUGCUCUCGCACUUUGUGCUGCUGUUAUUCAGCCUGAGACAGCAAUGCAGCCUACGACCGGGAUGUCUUCUGCGACAACCACUCCUCGACGAGGAAUUACACCGGGUGGUUCAGAUAGACGCUCUGACGGCAAAGACCCAGUGGCGACGCCGAAAUCAACUGCGGGCUCAACGGGUUCCAGUAAGCGCCGCUGUAGUUGGUGUCACCAAAAACACCAUCUUCGGCAAUGCGGGCGUUUUAAGAGGCUCAGCUUGGAUAAGAAGAUCCGAACCGUGGUCAAGCACUUGUGCUGUUCCAAUUGUUUGGACUCGGACCACUUACUUCGUGAUUGCCGCAAAGAUCCAGGCUGCAAGCAAUGCAAGGGCAAGCAUCACAACCUGCUCCAUCCUUCUGCCCAACUUUCCCAACAAAAUAAUAAUAACAAUAAAAACAAUUAUAAUAAAGAUAAUAAGAAUAAUAAAAAUGCAAAUAAUAAAAAUACCAAUAAUAAUAUUAAUAAAAAUAAUAUUAAUAAUAAUGGUCCGUCUACGUCUUCACGUAGCAACAAACGUCCGUCCGUACAAAGUACUCCGUCCGCUUUCUCGUCGCAUGUAACUACGUUACAUAGCAUGGCAAUCCAACCUAUUAUCACAAUAGGGCCAACUAUCGUCGCUCAAUUGGUUUCCCACACAAAAAUAAUACCAGUCCGAGCAAUGCUGGACCCGUGUGCAGGUAGUAGUCAAAUCUGCAAUUCGCUGGUCAAGUCGUUGCGACUGAAUACCACCCCAGUCGGGUCCGACCGGUUUGCCCAAUUUACACUGGUCUCGACCUUCGACUCCGCCCAACGAUUGUUGGUAUCCGCCCGGGUUACAAAUUUAACCCAUCGUUUGUCCCCAAACCAAUCUGCCUCGGAAUCGAUAAAGGAGCACUACCAAGGUAUGAUGUUAGCGGAUCCGCAAUUUUUUAAAUCGUCCCGAGUAGCCGUGGUGUUGGGUGCCGAAGUGUACCCUAAAGUGAUGAAGACCCAGGUAUACUCGAGCCCUGGAUUCCCAUGGGCCCAACUUACCAUCUUUGGAUGGGUUUUGUCGGGUCCAUGCCCAAUGUGAUUUCUUGCUGGGACACUUUCGCCAGAAGAGCUCGCCCGUGCCAAUCGAUCAUUUUUAUUGCGCGGCAAUGUGCCGCUUGCUCUGCGAGCGCAAUAUUACCAAUACAAAGAAAAAAUGAAUAAUAAAAUUGAAAUUUGAAUUUUAAAUAAGAAAAAAUGUAAAAUGAAUUUAUAAUUUAUGUACUUAAUUUAAAUUGCAACAUAGCAAGAUGUUGCAAGGCUGGCGGCAAUGUUUACACUAGAAUAUAUUCAUUUAAAUGUCUACUCCGUUUUCAAAUUUGUAACGGACUUUCGUGUACGACUGUGUGAUAUUCAUCAUACAGUCGUACUAUCAAAUUAUAACGAGUGGCAUUUUUGAAAAACGCCACUUGCGACAUCUUCGCUUGCUCGUUGUUGUUUGACACUUACUUGUUUUUUGGAUUACGUCCUAUCAACAACAACGAGCUUUCUCAGCAACAUAAAAAAGGUAAGAAUAUUGUUCUACGACA